CCUUGCUAAAGCUUUCUAUUUCAAAAUGGCCGAUACGUUGUUUCUGCACGUGUGAAACCUUUUGGUCAGCUUUUGAUAUUCAAACGCCUUCAGUUACUUUUUAUUCAAAAACAUCACUAAAUUACGCAGAGGUUUCAAACAGCUGGGAUUGAUAGUCAAGUGUCUUCGUUUCAUUAUCUUUGAUAAAUUGGUGGUUGUAACUUAAAAUGUCUGCUGGUCAUCCUGCCUCAACAAAUCCAGCAGGUUUCCCACCUCCUCCAAUGCCACCCAUGAUUCCUGGUAUGAUGAUGCCGCAAACCAUGAACCCUAUGGCUCAGACAUUUCUUCCUCCACCUGCAAUGCCCGGAUUUCCUGGUAUGCCUCAAGCACCAGGUUUUCCAGCAAUGCCUGGUAUGCCUAUGUUCAACCCACAUGCAAUGCAGGCAAUGGCUUACCAAGCUGCUUCAUCUGUGGCAACUACAGUUCCUGUUGUACAACAGCAGUCUGAGCCUGCAAAACCUGCAUCACCUGUUCAUGAAGCUGUCCCAACAGCAAGCAUAAUAUCAGAGAAAAGUAAAGAAGAAUUAGAGCAAGAGGAGGAGAGAAGAAAGCUAAGGGCAGAAAGGAAAAAAGCAGCUUUGGUGUGGAGUGAGCAUAAAGCACCUGAUGGUCGGACUUAUUAUUAUAACUCUGAGACAAAACAAUCUUCUUGGCAGAAACCUAACGAACUCAAAACUAAUGCGGAGCGUCUUCUUGACUCGUGCUCAUGGAAGGAACACAGCGCAGAGGGUGGACGAACUUAUUACCAUAACAGCGAAACUAAAGAAUCGACAUGGACAAUGCCAAAAGAACUCGAGGAACUUAAAGAGCGAAUCAAGAGAGAAGAGGAAUUGGAAGAGGAGGAGAGGAAACGGGACGAAGAAAGAGAAGAGGAAGAACAAAGAACAAAGAAGGCGUUGCAAAAAUCUCAAGCUGAGGGUGUUUCGCAGGUUGAUGGUCAGCAAAAAGACCCUAAAACGAGUGCCACGAAAGCGACUGAUCCCAGUACUCUUCCGGUCUCAAAUCCAAAGAAAGAUUUCAUAUAUGAAACGAAAGAGGAGGCAAAACAUGCUUUUAAAGAACUCCUGAAGGAAAAGGGUGUAUCAUCAACCAUGAACUGGGACUCGGCAAUGAAAAUGAUUGUGGCUGACACAAGGUAUGGAGCAUUGAAGAAAAUGAAUGAAAAGAAACAAGCUUUCAAUGAAUACAAGACACAACGAGCCAACGAGGAAAAGGAAGAGAUCCGUCAGAGGGCGCGGAAAGCUCGCGACGAUCUUCACAAGUUCCUCGAGUAUCAUCCAAAGAUGUCGUCGUCAGUUCGCUGGGCACGCGCGGCCGAAAUGUUUGACGGGGAAGAGGCGUGGAACGCAGUGAGGGAACGAGAACGCAAGGACGUGUUUGAAGACGUUAUUUUCUUUUUAGCCAAGAAAGAAAAAGAACGCGAGAAAGAAAUAAGAAUUGAAAACAGGGAAUUCAUGAUUUCUGUCUUCAAUAGUAUGUCUAAUGUAACAUAUAGGACCACGUGGAUUGAGGCUUUGGAUGAACUUCGAGAUAUGCCUGUUUACAUCAAAGAUGAUCGUAUUAAAGAUAUGGAUAAAGAGGAUAUGUUGAUAGCGUUUGAAGAUCAUAUCAGGACGUUAGAACAAGAACAGAUUGAAGAAAAACAGAAAGAAAAGGCAAAGAAGCGCAGACAACAACGCAAAAACAGAGAAGGAUUUUUGGCCCUUUUAGACGAACUUCACAGUACAAAUGAACUUAAUUCAAUGUCGCUGUGGUCUGAAAUGUAUCCCACGAUCAGCGCUGAUCUCAGAUUCAGUAAAAUGCUUGGACAGCCAGGAUCAACACCGCUGGACCUUUUCAAGUUUUAUGUCGAAGAUUUGAAGUCGAAAUUUAACGAAGAAAAACGAAUCAUUAAAGAAAUUAUGAAGGAUGAAGAUUACACAGUCGAACUAAACAGUAAAUAUGAGCAAUUUUUUAACAUGAUACAUAAAGACGAUAGAUCUGCGACGUUGGAUCCUGGAAACAUUAAAAUGACAUUCAACAACCUAUACGACAAAGCCGAAGCUCGGGAAAAGGAAAGAGUUAAGCGAGAGGAAAAAGAUUUACGACGACGAGAGAUGGCAUUCAAACAGAUGCUGAAAUCUGCCCCAGAAUUAGAUGAAAACAGCUCUUGGGACGUGGUUCGUGAAAGAUUUGUUAGUGAGCCGGCGUUUCUAGCAAUGACUGUAGAAGCCGAACGAAUAAGACUUUUUAAGGAGUACAUUGCAGAUUUAAUCCAGGAAUGUGGUCAUCAUCAUUCUUCGAGGUCAAGCCAUAAGAAAGCCAAGAAAAAUAAGAAGCACAGAAAGCGUUCAAGAUCUGUUUCGGCUUCCACAAAGUCUGAUAAUGAAUCAGACAAAGAGAGAACACAUAAAAGAAAGCGUCGCCGAAAGUCAAGAUCACCUUCUGCUUCCUCUCAAUCAGACUCUGACAGAGAAGCUUCCAGCAAAAGAAAACAUAAGAAGGAUAAAAAGAAAGCGAAGAAGAAACGCCGUCACUCACCAUCGUCAGGAUCUGAAUCUGAUGAACUCAAAGAAAAAGAUCGAUCACGUGAAAGAGAACGCUCGCGCGACAAAGAACGUUCGCGUGAAAAAGAAGAGCGUUUGCGCGAGAAAGACCGCGUUCGAGAAAAAGGUCGCGGAAAUGAAGACAAACAACUCGAUGAAGAUCGCAAGCGCGCCAAAAAUCACGAUCGCGAAACGGAUGACGAUGAAAAAACACGCGAAAAAGAAGCAAAAAAAAGUAGUAAAGAAAGCAAAAAAGAAAAGCGAAAUGAUAAAAAGAAAAGGAAAAAUGAGAAAAAACAGAAAAGGAAACCUCAUAAAGAUUCAGAUGAAUCACGUUCGGAUCAUGAAACAAAGAGAAAUACGAAGGAUGAUGGACGUACUUCAUCUAGCGAGAGUGAAAGUGAGCUUGUAAAAAGAAGAAUGGCAUUGUUACGUCAGCUACAAGAGUCGCCAUAGGAUGGUGAAGGUACGAGACUCGAAAUGCGAGUAUACUUCGUCAAGAGCCAAAAUUUCUGCAAUGCUAUGCCACAAUUCUGGAAUGUUUGACCAGGUCCAGCGUUAUGAUUCUGUAGCCAAUUCAAGCAAUGCUUUACUAUCAUACUAAGUUUACAAUUUAUCAAAUUUGUUCACAAAAAAAGUUUAGGUGUCCUUGAACAAAGGUUUACGAACAAUGACAUGAUUUUAAUGUUAUCACCUUUUUUGGGUAUUCAUAUAUUCAGUUGUGCCCGACAAAUUUGUUUUGAAAACAAUUCACUGAAAGAAUCAAUAAAUUUACGU